AUGCCUUUCUCACGCAAAGCCCUCUCUGCCCUGGCGGCCGCUCUCACCGUCGCCAAGGUCCAGGGUGCUAUGGGUCCUGCCUUCAGCACUGGUCCUACCUCCUCCGACACCUACAUUGCCGAGUCCUGGGCUACGCUCACGCUUCCCAGUGCUCCCAGUGACAACUCGGGCGACCUGUCGCUCUGGGUCGGCAUGGGCACCUCCAACGGCGAUCUGAUCCAGUCCAUCGCCGAGAACUGGGACUCCUCGGACUGGAGCCUGUACGCCUACACGCUCAUCUCGACCAGCGCCACCACCCAGGAGCCUAUCCAGGCCACUGGCUCCACGGGCACUGCCGGCACUGCCGUGACCUUCCAUUACCUGUACGACGAUGCCACUGGCAACUACACUCAGGACGUCAUCGUCGGAGGCACCGUCAUCUCGACGCUGUCCACCAGCGAUGGCAAGGCCGAGGGUUGGGGUUCCGCCGUCGAGUGCGCCGCCGAGGACUGCGGUACUGUUCCUGCGCAUACCUGGAGCAACGUCUCCAUCAUCCUCAACGCUGCCUACGCCGACUACAUCGACACCCUCGCCCUGGGCACGGAUGUCGAGGCCACCAUGACCACCAGCGACGGUGGCAUGACAUGGGAGGUCGGCACCAUCGAGAUCCCCUCUUUCGACUUC